CUCCUCCUCUUUGACGUUUUUGUUCGCAGAGCGGUCAGGCUAGUCUUCAGAAACGCUUGAAGGAAAGGAGUGCCACACGGGAGCUGCGACAAGGGCUUUUUGUGCAACACAAUACAUCAGAGCGCCUCAGUUCUGUUGAUGCUCGUGGAGAAGGGAGAAGCAGAGCAGAGAGUGUUUUUGUGGAGCUCAGAGCAGAAGUGAGACUCGUGCCCAGCAGCGUCGCCUCCUUUUUAUUUUUUUUUAUUUUUUACGCGUCAAUAGAGAGCAACCAGUGGAGACAUCGAUCAGGAUAUGUUCUUUAUUAUAAUAAACAGCUUCCACUUUCGUGAAUCCUUAAAUAUCUUCGGCACAGUUGGAGUUAAGCCUUUAACGUCUUAUUACCAAAUAUAGCCCGUAACAGUGUAAACGCUGCACGAGGAGCGUCAUCCGGAGUGUCUGCCUUAGUUUAAAAUUAAAUACUGAGAUCAUUUCUGAUUUGUUUGCCUCUCUACCAACACGUUUAAUCUAAUUUGCCACUUUGCCUUGAUAACUUUUUUAUCUUGUUUCUCGGUUGUGUGAACAGCAUGUUGGUUUAAAAACGCGAUGCGCUCUGAUUCCUUCCAACAGGAGCCAUUUUUAAGCCUUUGAUUUACAAUUUCUGAAUGAGUCAUUGAACCCGAGCUAAUCAAACCGGCUCUAGACUGCAGCUUUAACCUUUUACCAGAUUUUUUUUUUACACGCUAGACCAACAACGAUGCGUUUUUGCGCGCCUAGUUCCGGGCGCAGUGGAUGCGCCGGGGCUCGGCUUUUCUUCGCCGUCUUGGUGCUUGCCUUGACUAUGAGCUGGCAGGGAGCUGAAGCUGAACAGGCCCAUCCGACCGGAGAGAAGCCACCGGCGGUCACCCUCCUCUCUCUGAUCACGGGAACCUGUAAGGAGAUCCAACGAUACACGGAGUCCGUGCUGGGAACCGGCGUGGUGCGCUCAGUGGCUGAGAGUGCAGUGUUGUUUCUUGAGUCAUUUCUUGGUCAGGAGAACGUCUAUACGGUGGCCAUGUUCUUCGAGAUGGUGAUCCAUGUCCUGGCCGAGGGAGCUGCCAGCGGCCUCAACGUCAUUGCAGUUUACGUCGCUGAGAUCCUCAGGGUCACAGGAUUCGACUCUUCUCUCAUGCUGCCCCGGUUUACCCCAGAGGGUGUGACCGCCUUCGCCCAGUGGGGUCUCCUGUCUCUCAUUGGCUACUGGGUGCUGACCAUCGUUCUCCGUCUCCUGAUUGCGGUGAUGAGACGUGUGUUCUGGGUGGUGAAAACUGUCUUGGCACUGUGGUUUUUUGGACUGAUAGUGAUGGACAAAUCUGCCGCUGCAGACACCACGGCGGUUCGACUGGCCGGCCUGGUGCUGGUUUGUGCCCUGUUGACUCUUCUCUCUUCUGCCUCUGAAAAUUCGUGUGUGGUGGAACAGCGGCUGAGUUUCCUGGAGAGCCGGCUGAAGGCAGUGGAGAAGAGAAAAGGGGAAUAGAGUUGGGGGAGGGCGCUGUGGAGUCACGCUAAACAAUGGUGAUUGGUGGUGUUGUAAGAAAAUAGUAUCAUUGAUGGUUUCUAAAUGUGUCAAAUUAUUAAGGCAAAUAAAGUAAUCUCUGGGAUUUUUAA